CCUUUGUUUGUACUAUUAUUUUUACUCUUUAGUUACCUGUAGCUGUUUGAGCGCUAGCGCUGUGCUGCUGGGCAAAACAGUAAACUGCCAGGACUGUGCCCAACUUCCCAAGUGUCGCAUGGUGUGUCACAUAGUGCAGCGUAACAGCAGCGUGACGAGGAAGCCAGGCGUUGCGACUGACAGCGGCAGACCGCGCGGUGGGUGAUAGGCCGGCAGGACAUCUCCGAGUUGGACACUGUACGGAGAAAGCAAUAAUUAGUUAUUUUGUUGGCACAAUGGCGAUGAACAGGCUUGUCGAGGCCUGUUUUACGCUUCUACUAGUAUGGUGUUUGGAAGUAACCAGUCACAGCUUGCCCAUGUCAAAAUCCAGCUACGGUUUGGAUGACUCCGUGUUAAUAUAUUCCGAUGCUGCGGACAGCACAUCCUACCCGAUGUCUAGCGAGCAAGAGAUUCUACUCAGCAGUGAAGACAUGGGUGUGGUAACCAGUUCAAUACUGUUGGAGUCAUUCUCUUCCCGAAGUAUUCUAGCAACACCUAGCAGAGACGUUUCUGACAUGCCGUCCGAGAGCAUUGUGUUGGAUAGUAGUCCUGUCGAGAGGCAUAGCUCGGAUUCGCUUGUCGCUCUACCCCAGGCAUCUACUGCUCUAACAUCUGUGCAAGGCUCUGCAACUCCUUCAGACUCGUUGCCUUCCAUCACGGCGGAUCUGCCCGGAGUGAGCACAAGCGAAGAAAGUGCAUCCACGGAUAGGAUGUCCACUGUGAUGCUGUCAGACAAUCCGUUGUCGUCAUCAUCACUCAGUUCUGCAUCGAUGUCAUUGGAUUAUUUUUCCGGCAGCGCAAGUGAGAUGAACACAAUGCUUCAGGUGCCGUCUACAACAAUCACCAGCUCUAUUUCAUCUGCUUCUGUUCAAUCUGAUAUGGCUUCGACCUCAGCGCUACCAACAGGCGUCAGCUCAAGCUCACCAGCACUAUCCACCGUAACUUCCCUUAUGCCCUCGAGUGUGUUGGCGGCUUCUACAGAAAGCACAGCUCUACCUUCUGAGUCCCCAACAAUGGUUCAGACGUCGAUCACAAGCAGCGCGAGCUCACACACUUCCCACAUGAGCACUUCUGUGGCUCCCUCAAGUAUGAUCUGGUCAUCCAGCAUGAUGAGUACCCCGGCGCUUUCCUCCAUUGCAAGCAGUGGGUCUGCGGUGGUGUCCACUUCACUGUCCACUGGUACUGUCACAGUGGUAGCAAGCAGCUCGUUGAGCACUGCAAGCUCCGCAGCGGUUUCACAGUCCAGCACACCAUGGCAUGGUUCUUCUAUGACCACUGGUGUCACUGUGACUGCUACCCUGACUCCCGAACCAGCACCAAAAAGUACAACUGCUUCUGUAGUUACCUCAUCCGUGCAUAUCCCACCUAGUUCUGUAGUCACAUCGUCUAUGCAUAUCCCACCUAGUUCUGUAGUCACAUCGUCUAUGCAUAUCCCAACUAGUUCUGCAGUGACCUCAUCUGUGCAUGUUACAACUAGUUCUGCAGUGACCUCGUCUGUGCAUGUUCCAACUGGUUCUCCAGUAACCCCGUCUAUGCAUUCCACCACUGGUUCUCCAGUGACAUCGCCGUGGUCCAGUGCUCCAACAACUUCCGCUGGCCCAACGCCGAACAACAAAAGGCUGAUCGUCACCGCCGUGUGCACUGUGAUAGGUGUACUCAUCGCAUUGAUCGUCGUGUCUGCACUGUUGGUACGUUGGGUCAAAAAACGCUCCGACUACCAACCCGUGGAGCUGUCGGAGCUUCUUGCACAGCAGGACGAGGAUGAUGACAAGCUUGUGCUGUAAAGUAAUGAUUUCUUCACCGAUUUGGCAAGACGCUCUACUUGAAAAAGGCCCAUUUGGCUGCUGUCCUGUUCCUCAUUCUAUUGUGCAGAACAUAAUCAAUUGCUAGUUGUGUCAUCAGCUUGCUCAGCAGUUCCACACAGCUUGGCCGAAGUUUCUUUCAAUCUUCCAAUCAGCAAGCUGCACUGUGUACGUGUUCGCCCUAUAGGGCCCGCAUCUAUUCUCUUGUAUGACUCACUCUAUAAUGUCAAUAAUGUCUAUAAUUAUUUCGAAAAAACAUCUCAGUACCGGUACCAUGCGCCCGCUGACAUGGAUAAUGAUUCUGUGUAGGUUCUGCUCCGCGAAGGUAUCAGGCGGGAGACUGCAAGAUUUGCUCUUGAAAGCAGUAAUCCCGCAAGAGAGCUACUGUAACUGGUCAUGGCCAAUGAUUACACCGGGCUGGUACAGUCAAUGAACUCAGUUUCUAAACACUGGUCACUCCGCUCCCCGUCAGGCCUGGAGCCGUUGCCAGCGACGUCAUUGUCCCCAGUAAAACCCAGUUUGAGGUCCGCGUAAUAUCUGUCCAAAUACACUUCACAAUUUUAUAAAAUUUCACCGCAUCCCAAUCGGCCCCUUCGCCGGGGAUAACGCAUACUACUGUGCAUAUAACAUUUCACUGGAUUGUCAGACUUGGCCCAUCAUCAGGGUUGAAAUGAAAGAAUUGUACUACUAGUACAUGUAUUUGCAAACAA